UUCCUGCAUGUCUGUCUGAGAGGGUGAUAUGCGCUGAUUCAAUCACACCUUCCUCAAACCAUGAAUUACUUCCUCAAGAACAAAUGGUUCGGUACAAUUUUAUUUGUUGCCCCAUCAAACUAAGAAUCCAUCAUUCAGAGGACUAUCUUCCACUAAUCCCAGACAAUCAGUUGAGCGUUAGAUAAUUUAAACACCUAAACUUUUUUUUUUUUCUGGCCAGAAAUACAAGGGAUCAAUGUUACACUUUUCCUAUAGGAUUAAAUAGAUCUUCCUUUGCUCUUGAAUGGAGGCAGGGAACCUACUGUUGUCCGGCCCUGAAGGCCCAGGGUGCCCUUUUGAUCAUUUCAGUCUCUCAUUGGUGCAAUACUUCUGAUUGGCCAAGAGACUAAGAAGGGGGAAAAUCUUUAAUUAAGCAGAUAAUCUCUUGUUGGGACAAGAGCAGCUCCAUUUCAGAGCCCCCUCCUUGAAUCUUGAUAGCUCCUGGUGAAGUUUCAUGUGCUGGUAGCUCAGUUUCCUUUCCAUCUUUGUGCUGUCUACAGGCUUGGGACGAAGCUUUGAGUUACCUUCAGCACGCUCACCUGUCAGGAUGUUUGUGCACUGGGAGGCUUUCUAUUACAUUUUCAUCCUCCUGACUAACAUGAGAUUCUACUGCUGCUGGUCAGUGAAUAAUUUCUUGAUGACUGGACCCAAGGCAUACCUGAUCUAUUCGAGCAGUGUGGCAGCAGGAGCUCAGAGUGGCAUAGAGGAGUGCAAAUACCAGUUUGCAUGGGACCGCUGGAACUGCCCUGAGAGAGCUUUACAGCUGUCCACGCACAGCAGCUUGCGCAGUGCAAAUCGAGAGGCGGCGUUCGUCCAUGCCAUCAGCUCCGCUGGGGUUAUGUACACCUUGACCAGGAACUGCAGUCUCGGAGAUUUUGACAACUGUGGCUGUGAUGACAGCAGAAAUGGACAACGAGGUGGUCAUGGUUGGCUCUGGGGUGGCUGCAGUGACAAUGUUGGCUUUGGUGAGGCUAUUUCCAAACAGUUUGUUGACGCCUUGGAGACUGGGCAGGACGCUCGGGCAGCCAUGAAUCUCCACAAUAACGAAGCUGGGCGCAAGGCUGUGAAGGGGACCAUGCAGAGGACAUGCAAGUGCCAUGGGGUGUCAGGAAGCUGCACGACUCAGACCUGCUGGCUGCAGCUGCCAGAGUUCAGGGAGGUGGGGAACUACUUGAAGGAGAAGUACCACAGGGCUCUGAAAGUGGAUCUCCUACGAGGAGCAGGGAACAGCGCAGCCAGCCGAGGAGCUAUUGCUGAGACCUUCAGCUCCAUAUCCCGUAAAGAGCUGGUUCACCUUGAAGACUCCCCUGAUUACUGCCUGGAAAAUCGUACUCUGGGCUUGCCAGGCACGGAGGGCCGUGAGUGCCUGAAGAAGGGCAAGAACUUGAACAAAUGGGAGAAACGGAGCUGCAAGAGGUUGUGUGGAGAGUGUGGGUUGGCUGUUGAGGAGCGCAAAGCUGAGAUGGUGUCAAGCUGUAAUUGUAAAUUCCACUGGUGCUGCGCUGUGAAGUGUGAGCAGUGCAGAAAGACAGUGACCAAGUACUUCUGUGUGAAGAAAGGGGGUCAAAGGGGAAGGAAUGAGAGCGCUAAUACCCGCCAGAAGAACCUCAGACUGAGGAAGAAGCACUGAACGCCUUCAUCGAUCCACAUGAACACAUCACAUUUGUAAAAUUGCAGCUUCUGCCUGUAUCCAGACUGCAGGAAACUCGUGUUCAGGACAAAACCUUUCAGACCAUCUCCACUGACUGCUUUGUAUUUAAGGUUAAUGACAGGAAUGAGCAGUCAUAUGAUAGAAGAGAUGAGCUUUUACAACUUGGUAGAGUUUUUUUUAAAGCAUAAAUGUAUUUAAGAUAUAUUUUUAUAUUUUUUUGCAACAUUUUGAAGAGUCACUGGGCAUUGAAAGAAUGUGUUUUUUUCUGACUUUAAAAUGGUCUAGAUCUUUAUUCAUUCUCAUACUUAGAUAAAAACCCAGGAGAAAUUCUUGGCAGUUUAAAAAGUGAUCUGACUAUUGUCUAAUGCUACAACUGAUUAUUUUUUUUUCUUAUGGCCAGCCUUGCAGUUAUCUUUAUGAAUUUCAUAUAUUGCUGGUAAUAUCCCCUUAUGUUUUCAGCCCAUUUUUGGAUGAAAAAUAA